AUGUUGCGAUUGGCUGAGAAGAUGGUGUUGGUGCUAGUUGUAAGGCAACGGCAAGCCUUCAGUAGCAUUUGCACGUUUUGCAUCAUGCGUAAUAUCGCACAUGUCCUUGCCGUUCUCACUGUGGAGCUGUCAACUCAAUCCUCAUAUAUUCCCUUAAACGUCAGCUUUGCAGAUCCCAAUUUGUCAAAUAUCGGCUGCUUUGCAUACGUCGAGCGUUGA